AUGAGCGGCAUCUUCCCAGACAUUCAGUUCACAAGGGAAGAAGAGCAUGCCGAACAGCUGCCUUUCCUUGACGUUCUCGUCACACGCACACCCAACGGCGAACUCAACACCACGGUGUACAGAAAGGCGACUAACACGACUCAGAUUCUCAACUACCACAGUAACCACCCAAUGGCGCAUAAACGCAGCUGUGUUAGGACACUCUUCCAGAGGAUAAAAACGCACUGCAGUGAACCAGAGGGACGAGUACGAGAACUUCGGCAUCUUCGGGACCAACUGGCAAGGAAUGGAUACCCGAACAGCUUCGUCAGCCGCUGCCUCCGCACGCGCCCACGGCGAACAAACGGAGGAGAGCCGCCAACACUCUGGCACCCUCUGCCAUAUAUAAAGAACGUAUCCGAAGCGAUGGAACGUAUCGCUGGAGAGCUCGGCGUGGGUAUCGCUCACCGUCCGACAGCGACCAUGCGCAGCAAAAUCAUGCAAGUGAAGGAUCGCCUAGACGUGGGUGAAAAAUCGGGCGUCGUCUAUCAGAUCCCAUGUCGGGACUGCCCUCGCCACUACACUGGACAAACCGGACGACGACUUAGCUCACGAAUAACGGAGCACAAACGGGCGGUCCGGAGAGGCGACCCGUUGUCUCAGGUCGCCACUCACACCCUGGAGGAAGGCCACGAAUUCAACUUUGCGAGCACGCGGACAGUGGCGCGGGCCAGCAAUAAGACAGGACGAGAACUGUUAGAGGCCUGGGUGUCUGACACCAACGCUAUCAACAGGCACGUUGACAUACCCCCCUGCUAUCACGCGCUCCGUUCCCGCGGCCAAGGGGCGAGACCCAAUUUCCAGCCAAGGGUGCACGCAGUCACGCCACCGUGA